AUGGCACAGACAUCGACCCUUGGGGUCGUUUCCUUAGGCUUGGACGAAAAGAAGUUGGUCUGCUCUCACGAUCAGCACACCCCCGGCUCCGCGUCGGAUCUAGAGCUGUUCCUCCCGUUACUGAGGACUUGUCGUCAAAUAUACUCCGAAGCCAUCGAAACCCUCUACAGCAACAACAGCCUCCACAUCACAGCAUGUAUAUGCUACGAAGACGGAUUCUCCGACCGUUGUCUCACGCGCCCCUUCCUCCCCAAGCGCUUGCAGCAAGUGCGCAACUUGCACAUAGUCUGGCGCAUGCCGAGCUCCUGGUUCAGUGUAGUCAUUUUCCACCACUUCUGGCUGCAUAUGUGGCCCGUCUUGCAGCAGAUUACUGGACUGCGCGAGUUACACACACAGAUUCAGGGUUCGAGGUCUAGGCUCUCCCGUCCGUAUUGGUUCGAGGACGAGGCGGAAAUCCUGGAGCCCGUGAAGACGGUGACCAGGCCGGAGAAGUUCGUCGUAGUGUUGCCGUUUAGGGUUUGUUCCACCCAGAUGGACUUCGGAGAGUCGAAGUGCGUGUUCAGACUGCCGGACGAUGCUUGA